UAUCGUGCUGGUCGGACGUGUUUUUUGGUCGCUCCGCUCGAAACUUUUUUUCACCGUUUUCGGCCAAUGUGUGAGCUCGCGAGAGUGUGUGUGCUGCUUGCAGUUCAAAAGGGCAGCAACAACAACAGACCUCUCUUUUAAGCCAACUCUUCGGUCUGCGCGUGUGUGUGUUAGUUAGAAUUGUGGCCUGGGAAGAAAUGGCAAAUUAGUUGGCUCAAAUCGGAAUCUCUGUGCUCAAUAUUCAAAUUCAGGCUAGAAAGUGUCGCGUGCGAAAGUGUGCAAAUAAUACAACUAGCGAAAAAAGAAAUAAAACUUAAAAUAAACCUGUUCUAAGCCAAGUGCCGAGUCCGUGUGUGUGCGUAAAGCAGAAAGAAAAGGAGAGAGAGAAGAGGGCGAAUGCAAUUAACAACAAAAAUAAGCUCAAUGAGUAUCAUCUGAAUAGAAAUAAUAUAGCCAAAAGCAAGCCAAACGAAACCCUUUCCAAUACGAAAACACGAUUUAAGCCAACAAAUCAACGAUCAUGGCUAUAAUCGCGAAUGCGUCACCGCCGACACAACAACAAAAACGACGGCAAACAACAACGACAACAGCGGCGUCAGCAGAAACAACAACAGCGAGAAGUCGAGACCGCACGAAAAGCGCAGCUCAAAUUACGUCGCAUUUGCUCAAGCGCGCCAUUUCAGUUUAUUCGUCGCCUCAAUGGAUACCGCUCUUCAUACUUAUUUACUUAGCAACAGAUGUCGCCUCAGUGGCGAUGCCAGAGAGGGAGGCGUACUUUAAUGGCUCCACUUACCUCCGCCUGACCACGCCGAUGCCCAUUUGGGAUCACUCGGCGAUUAGUUUCCGCUCGUGCCGCGGCGGCGAAAUCCUCGCCCAGCAGUACAACAAGAACUCCAUCGUAAUCUCAGUGCUCAACGAUUUUCUGCAAAUAUCACUGGCGGGACCCGCGGUCCAUGGGCCCAACAAUCGCCUGGACGUCAAGUUGCCCUACCAACUGUUGGACAACCGCUGGCAUACGCUGCAGUUCAAGUACGAGUACGGAAAUCUCUAUCUGCAUGUGGAUCGUGCGGCAAGCAUAUUUGCCAAUUCCACCUACAACAGCCAGUUUCUGACGAACCAGGACAUUGGCUACAAGGAUGCCAUUUUGAUACUGGGCAACUCUUUCUCCGGCUGUCUUUUGGAUGGACCCGGUCUGCAGUUUGUGAACAACUCCACCGUGCAGAAUGUGGUUUUCGGAGUGUGCCCACUGACUCCGGGUCCCUGCAGCGACCAUGAUCUCUUCACCCGGCUGCCGGAGAACUCCUGUUUGACUGACCCAUGCAUGGGCCAUGGCACCUGCUCGUCCAGUGCCGAGGGCUACGAAUGCCGGUGCACGGCCCGCUACUCGGGAAAGAAUUGCCAGAAGGACAAUGGUUCGCCGUGUGCCAAGAAUCCGUGUGAAAAUGGUGGCUCCUGCCUGGAGAACUCCCGUGGGGACUACCAGUGCUUCUGUGAUCCCAACCACAGUGGCAAGCACUGCGAGACGGAGGUGAACCUCCAUCCGCUCUGCCAGACGAAUCCCUGCCUGAACAAUGGAGCGUGCGUCGUGCUCGGCGGAAGCGCCGGCAACGGUGCAAUUGCCUGCGAGUGUCCCAAAGGAUAUGCGGGUGCCAGGUGCGAGGUGGACACGGAUGAGUGUGCCUCGCAGCCGUGCCAGAACAACGGGAGCUGCAUCGACCGGAUCAAUGGGUUCAGCUGCGAUUGCAGCGGCACCGGAUACAGCGGCGCCUUCUGUCAGACCAAUGUGGACGAGUGCGACAAGAAUCCGUGCCUGAAUGGCGGGAGAUGCUUCGAUACCUACGGAUGGUACACCUGCCAGUGUCUGGACGGCUGGGGCGGUGAGAUCUGCGAUCGACCCAUGACCUGCCAAACGCAGCAGUGUUUGAACGGCGGCACCUGCCUGGACAAGGCCAUCGGGUUCCAGUGCCUCUGUCCGCCGGAAUACACUGGUGAACUGUGCCAAAUCGCUCCCAGCUGCGCCCAGCAGUGUCCCAUCGAUUCGGAGUGCGUGGGCGGCAAGUGCGUGUGUAAGCCAGGCUCUUCGGGUCCCAUUGGUCAUUGCCUGCCAAUUGAAACGACACCGACACCUGAACAAGAGCCAACAACAACGACAAGAACCACAGCCAUCCCUGUCCCAGCUAGUCCAAACACCCUAACAACAACAACCAAGACACCUCCAAUAACAACGGCCAGAGCAACGUUGGCAACAACCACGGCUGGCAAAAAACCACAACAACAGCCACUGCAAUCGGCGACCCAACGCUCGGCCUCCCUGAAUGCAUGUCCCCAAGAAAACUGCUUGAACGGUGGCACCUGCCUGGGCUAUAGUGGCAAUUAUACCUGUAUUUGUGCUAGUGGAUACACAGGUUACAACUGUCAAACGAGCACGGGCGAUGGUGCGUCUGCCUUGGCCCUGACCCCCAUUAACUGCAACGCCACCAAUGGCAAGUGUCUGAAUGGAGGCACCUGCUCCAUGAACGGAACCCACUGCUACUGUGCCCUGGGCUUUUCGGGGGACCGUUGCGAGAAGGCCGAGAACUGCUCGCCGCUCAACUGCCAAGAGCCGAUGGUCUGUGUCCAGAACCAGUGCCUCUGUCCGGGCAACAAGGUGUGCAACCAGUGCGCCACCCAGCCCUGCCAGAACGGAGGCGAGUGCGUGGACCUUCCCAACGGAGACUACGAGUGCAAGUGCAUGCGCGGAUGGACGGGACGGACAUGUGGCAACGAUGUGGACGAAUGUACCGUGCAUCCGAAGAUCUGCGGCAACGGCAUCUGCAAGAACGAGAAGGGAUCGUACAAGUGCUACUGCACGCCCGGAUUCACCGGCAUCCACUGCGAUUCCGACGUGGACGAGUGCCUCAGUUUCCCCUGCCUCAAUGGAGCCAAGUGCAACAACAAGAUCAAUGCCUACGAAUGCGUUUGCCAGCCAGGAUAUCAAGGCGAGAACUGCGAAGUGGACAUCGACGAAUGCGUCAGCAAUCCCUGCUCGAACGGAUCCACCUGCAUUGACAGGAUCAACAACUUCACCUGCAACUGCAUCGCGGGAAUGACGGGUCGCAUCUGCGACAUCGACAUCGACGAUUGUGUGGGCGAUCCCUGCCUGAAUGGAGGCCAGUGCAUUGACCAGUUGGAUGGCUUCCGCUGCGAUUGCAGUGGCACGGGCUACGAGGGCGAGAACUGUGAGCUGAACAUCGACGAGUGCAUCUCGAAUCCGUGCACCAAUGGGGCCAAGUGCUUGGACCAAGUCAAGGACUACACCUGCGAGUGCCACACGGGCUACAAGGGCAAGAACUGCGAGCAGGACAUCAAUGAGUGCGAGAGCAAUCCCUGCCAGUACAACGGCAACUGUAUGGAGCGGUCCAACAUGACCAUCUACCAGAUGAGCCAGAACAUGAAUCUGCCCUCGGUGUUCAGCCAGCCCUUUAGCUUCGAGAAUGCCAGCGGCUACGAGUGCGUCUGUGUUCCAGGCAUCAUUGGCAAGAACUGUGAGACCAACAUAAACGAGUGCGAGAGCAAUCCCUGCAGCAAGCAUGGAACAUGCAACGAUGGGAUUGGCGCCUACACCUGCGAAUGCGAACCCGGCUUUGAGGGCACCCACUGCGAGAUCAACAUCGAUGAAUGCGAUCGGUAUAAUCCCUGCCAGAGAGGCACUUGCUAUGACCAGAUCGACGACUACGACUGCGACUGCGAUGCGAACUAUGGGGGGAAAAACUGUUCCGUACCACUCAAGGGUUGUGAAACAAAUCCAUGUUUGAAUGGAGGCGCCUGCCUGCCGUACUUGGUCAAUGAGAUAGACCAUCAAUACAACUGCACCUGUGAGAACGGCUUCCAGGGCGACAAGUGCGAGAAGACCACCACCUUGUCCAUGGUGGCCACCAGCUUGAUUUCGGUGACCACGGAACGCGAGGAGGGCUACGACAUUAAUCUCCAGUUCAGGACGACGCUGCCCAACGGAGUGCUGGCCUUUGGAACCACCGGCGAAAAGAAUGAGCCGGUUAGCUAUAUUCUGGAGCUGAUUAACGGGCGACUGAAUCUGCAUUCCUCGCUACUGAACAAGUGGGAGGGCGUGUUCAUCGGCUCCAAGCUGAACGACAGCAACUGGCACAAGGUGUUCGUGGCCAUCAACACAUCGCACUUGGUGCUCUCGGCCAACGACGAGCAGGCCAUAUUCCCGGUGGGCUCCUACGAAACGGCCAACAACAGCCAGCCCUCGUUCCCGCGAACCUAUCUCGGCGGCACGAUACCCAAUCUGAAGUCCUAUCUGCGCCAUCUCACCCACCAGCCGUCGGCCUUUGUGGGAUGCAUGCAGGACAUCAUGGUCAACGGGAAAUGGAUCUUCCCCGACGUGCAGAGUGCGAACGAGUCGUAUACCAAGCUGGAGAAUGUCCAGAGCGGAUGUCCACGCACGGAGCAAUGCAAGCCGAAUCCCUGCCAUUCGAAUGGCGAGUGCACGGAUCUGUGGCACACGUUCGCCUGCCACUGUCCCAGACCCUUCUUUGGUCACACUUGUCAGCAUAAUAUGACUGCAGCCACUUUUGGCCACGAGAACACCACCCAUUCGGCUGUGAUUGUGGAGACAACGGACGUGGCUAGGCGCGCAAUUCGCUCCAUUCUGGACAUUUCCAUGUUCAUCCGAACCCGCGAGCCAACGGGUCAAGUCUUCUACUUGGGCACCGAUCCACGCAAGGCACCCACCAAAAAUAUUGGCGACUCGUAUGUGGCGGCCAAACUGCACGGUGGGGAGCUGUUGGUGAAGAUGCAGUUCAGCGGUACUCCGGAGGCCUACACCGUCGGUGGCCAGAAGCUGGACAACGGCUAUAACCACCUGAUCGAGGUGGUGCGCAACCAGACGCUCGUGCAGGUCAAGCUCAAUGGCACCGAGUACUUCCGCAAGACGCUGUCGACGACGGGUCUGCUGGACGCACAGGUGCUCUACUUGGGCGGACCUGCACCCACGCGGGAGUCUCUUUUGGGGGCGACCACGGAACCGGGUCCAGUGCCGGCGCCGGGGGCGGGAGUGCCCAUCGAGGACACCACCGUGCCCAAGGAGGCGGACGACAGCAGGGACUACUUCAAGGGCAUCAUCCAGGACGUGAAGGUGAGCAACGGCUCACUCAACCUUAUUGUGGAGAUGUAUUCGCUGAACGUGACGGACGUCCAGGUGAAUGCCAAGCCCCUGGGCGCCGUGACCAUCGAUCGCGCCUCCGUGUUGCCCGGUGAGGUGUCCGACGAUCUGUGCCGGAAGAAUCCCUGCCGGCACAAUGCGGAGUGCAGGAACACAUGGAACGACUACAGCUGCAAGUGCCCCAAUGGCUACAAGGGCAAGGAUUGCCAGGAGAUCGAGUUCUGCCAACUGGUUACCUGUCCGGGCCAGAGCGUGUGCCAAAAUCUGGACGAUGGCUACGAGUGUCUGACCAACAUCACGUUUACGGGUCAGGAGCGCUCCCCUCUGGCCUUCUUCUACUUCCAGGAGCCCCCAUCCGAGGAGAUUGUGGGUGAAGCGACUCCCAAGCAGACCCUUAAACCGGUCAUUGAUAUAGCCUUCCGCACGCGGGCUGGCGGAACUCUGCUGUACAUCGACAAUGUGGACGGAUUCUUUGAGAUUGGCGUGAACGGAGGACGAGUGACCAUCACCUGGAAGCUUAGUGCCCUGCAUUUCGGCGAGUCGGCUCGCUUCGAGAAGGAGAACACGGACGGAGAGUGGAGUCGCAUCUACCUGAGGACACACAACAGCAAACUGGAGGGCGGCUGGAAGGGCUGGGAAUCGAUGGUGGACCCGUCGCCAGCCUUCUCCACGGACAUCGACCAGGCGGCCUUCCAGUCCCUGAUCGCCUCCAGCACUCAGGUUUACUUGGGCGGCAUGCCAGAAUCUCGGCAAGCGCGGGGAUCCACUUUGUCCGCCCAGCAGGGCUCCCAGUUCAAGGGCUGUGUGGGCGAGGCAAGGGUGGGCGAUCUGCUGCUGCCCUACUUCUCCAAUGCGGAGCUGUAUCCGCGCACUGAGAACGUUUCCGUACAGUUAAAGGCCCAGUUCCGGCUGAACACCACGCGUCCGGAGGAGGGCUGCAUCCUGUGCUUCCAGUCGGACUGCAAGAAUGCCGGCUUCUGUCAGGCUCCAUCGGAUGAGUACGCCUGCACCUGCCAGGCUGGAUUCGAGGGCGACGAUUGCGGCACGGACAUCGACGAGUGCCUGAACACGGAGUGCCUGAACAACGGCACCUGCAUCAACCAGGUGGCGGCCUUCUAUUGCCAGUGCGAGCCCGGAUUCGAGGGUCAGCACUGCGAGCAGAACAUCGACGAGUGUGCGGACCAGCCCUGCCACAACGGGGGCAACUGCACGGAUCUAAUCGCUGCGUACUUGUGCGACUGCCCGGAGGACUAUAUGGGUCCCCAGUGCGACGUGCUCAAGCAGAUGACCUGCGAGAACGAGCCCUGCCGGAACGGAUCCACCUGCCAGAAUGGAUUCAAUGGAGCGACUGGCAAUAAUUUCACCUGCACCUGCGUGCCCGGCUUCGAGGGUCCUCUAUGUGACAUUCCCUUCUGUGAACUGACGCCAUGUGACAAUGGCGGUCUCUGCCUGACUACUGGCUUGUCCCCCAUGUGCAAGUGCAGCCUCGGCUACACGGGUCGCCUGUGCGAGCAGGACAUCAACGAAUGCGAGUCGAAUCCCUGCCAGAACGAUGGUCAGUGCAGGGAUCUUGUGGGCAAGUACGAGUGCGACUGCCAGGGCACCGGAUUCGAGGGCCUCCGCUGCGAGAAUGACAUUGACGAGUGCAGCCUGGAGGGCGAGUACUGCGCCGGAUUGGGCAGGUGCUUCAACAAACGCGGCUCCUUCCAGUGCAUCUGCCAGAAACCCUACUGCGGGCAAUACUGCAACUUCACGGAUCCCUGCAACGCCUCGGACAUCUGCUCCAAUGGCGGUCGCUGCGUGGAGUCCUGCGGCGCCAAGCCGGACUACAAAUGCGAGUGUCUGGAAGGAUUCACGGGCAAAAAUUGCACGGUACCGAUCACGGCCAGAGAGGAUGGACCUUCGACGACGGACAUUGCCAUCAUUGUCAUACCCGUGGUGGUGGUUCUGCUGCUGAUCGCGGGAGCCCUGCUGGGCACCUUCCUGGUGAUGGCCAGGAACAAGCGUGCCACCAGGGGCACCUACAGCCCCAGCGCCCAGGAGUACUGCAACCCGAGACUGGAAAUGGACAACGUGCUGAAGCCACCGCCUGAGGAGCGACUUAUUUAGUUUUGAGUUUUGACUUUUGAGUUUUGAGCAUCAGCGACGAUUGGCAAAGCAAACGAGAGAUAUUUUUAAAUCCGCCCAUAAACACCUAGCUGUAGGAGAAACGCAAUGUUUUGUUCUAAGUUCGCCCCUAGUUACGGUUUACAUCUUAAGGUGCUCAAGGCAACAGCAGCAGCAGUCGCCCCCGAUCCCUGCCCACGCUUUAGUUAGUUAAUAAUAAUAAUUAAUAAUGCCGUUGUCUAUUUAUUCUAGUAGUUUAGAUGACAGACGUACCGCCCUAUAGUCGUUAUGUAGUUACGUUCCGAUAGAUUAGAUUCAGUAUUCGAUUUCUCGUAUAUGUAAAUCCUAAAGCUGCGAACAAAGUUGAGCUCUGACACCAAUUCCCUCCCUCUCCACAUUCCGCACGGAAGCCUUUCAAACGUAUUGUACGAGUAUUCUUGUAAAUAUAUUUGUGCCCAUUCCUAUACUAAAUUAGCUGAGCUAAAUCGAAUUCAAAAAACUGAAAAUCCUAUAUGCCUAUAUAUACGCCAGUAUAUAUAUCAGUAAAUGUGGCCUUAUAACAAAAAAAAAAUAGUAACGAAAAGCAAUGACAACCAGAAAGAUCAUGAGAAACUAUUGGUUAAGUAAAUCAAAUAAAAUACAUAUUUUGCUCUAGAAUUUCUAAGCGUAAACUUAAGAGACUGUACUAUAUAAUAAAUAUUAAAUAUUUCGACUUUUUUCCAA